AUGUGCGGCAGCGUAAUGAGCUCCCAAACCCCGCCCACUCGCGCAGAGUACCUCGCGCAGCCAGAGAUCAAGGAGCUUCUAGAGAAGCGCCCAGAAAUCAAGGCAUUCAUAGACGCCCACCCGGAAAUCGUACUCGGCCGUGAGGCGUACGACGUGGAGGACAAGAAGGCCAACGCGGAGCAUGAUGACGAGGUCUUUGAUGACGAGAGCAAGCCCUUCCCCGAGAUGGUCCUCAUACAGAAGUAUUACUACAGCACCCGACCAGAUGCCAAAGCUGAAGAUCAAAACAAGCGCGUCAUGGUCGCAGCUGUAAUCAACGACGACUACAUUGAGAAGAGGUUUCAAGCCAUUGCCCAGGGUCCCAAGGAUGGGAACCAGUACGAUGACCCUGAAGGCUGCCUGAAGCUGUUUUUCAAGUAG